AUGCUGGGCUCGGUGGGCCGAGGGUACAGUGUGGCCCUGCUGCUUCGGGGUCGAGAAACAGAGGCACCCCGGCUUGUGCCUCAGCUGCUGCAGAUGCUGUUUGAAGCUCUGCCCCUCAGGGGCUCUGAUGCCGUGCUUAGUACUCUUAGCUUGGUGCAGCUCAGCACCAGUGGGAGGACUCGGGACCUGCUUGCUCCAAGGACAGAGAACCUGUCGGUGCUGGAUGUGGCCCCUCUGGGCUUGGUGGUAGAAAAUGCCAGUGAAGUGGAGGUGUCUGACUCAAGAGCUGCCUCAGAGCUGUACUUGCAGGCUGCAGGUGGUGAAGGCAGAGACUGUCCCUUGCUGCAGGUGUUGGCUGGUAAAGUUGUUGGUGAGGAGGUGGAGGGCUCUCUGCCCUGGAUUGUCUCAUGUCUCCUGGAAGGAAACAACUACAGUGGCCUUCUUCUUCGCCUGGACCCUCAAGGCAGCUCCCUGAGCUUGCUCCAGGCUGCUCUGUUGGGGGCCGCAGGAAGGAGGAUGAAGGUGAGACAGGUGAGGCCCACCCUCUGGGAUGCAGUAGAAGAGGCCCGGGCCCGGCGGGCUGGACUGAAGAGCCUGCGUUCAGGCCUCCUUGGGGACACCCUGACAGAUAGUGGGCUCAGCCAGCUAGGCAGGGCACUGCGGGAGUUGCAGGUGGUAAAAGCCUGGAGCCAGCGCUCAGGAAGCUGGAUGCUCAAAGCAGUCAAAACUGAGGCUAUGGGGCUCCCAGAACCACAGGUAACAGAAUUCUCACUCGUAAUGUAUUCUCAGCAGGUGACAGAUUCAACAGCAAGCCCCAGCCCAGGCCUCCAGGAAGAGCCUCAAGUGGCAGGAAGAACAGCAUAUAUAGGACCUGAUCUCCACCAAAUGCACCCUCUCAGGGAGCCUGAGGAACAGGCCCAGCAGGCCCCGGAUGUGGCCCUGCAGUUCUUCCUGGCUCAGGCCCAGAGGCAGAGACUGCGAGAACAGCACCAAAUUUGGAUCCAAGAGGAACUGAAGCAUUUGGAACAACAGGAAGAGGUGGUGGCAAGGGACCAGGUCAAAGGCCUGGUGGCUGAAGAGGUUUCCGAGGAGAGGCAGAGACGGCACCGGGAGUGGACAGGGCUGAGACUCCAGCUGGAGGCCCUUCAGGUAGAACGGGACACGGCAGAGCAGGACCUGACAGCCCUCUAUGACCUGCACGUGCAGGCUGCCCGGGCUUGGACAUGCCACACGCUGCAGGUAUUCCGAGCCUGGCGGGGGCUGUGGGAGGAACAGGCCACGGCUGCAGAGCAUCGCUAUCGCAGCCUGCUGGCUGGCAUCCUGCAAGACACCAUCAACCUGGCCAUGCAGAACCAGGAGCUCCAAGCCCAGAGCCAGCGACUUCAGCAGACUAGGCUGGGUGCAGGCAUGCUGGAUCCCGGCCCUGAGGAGAAAUGUGGGGAUCAGGAAUCCUUCAGGGACAGUUCCCUCUCUCCUCAUUCGUAAAGGUCCUAGAAGGGAGAGGAGCUGGGACACAACAGCCAAGCUAACCUUCAUUAUGGAUAAUUAAUAACACCACUAACUAGGUCUCAUUGUGCCAGUCCCUGCUGAGCACACUAAUAUCCCUUAUUUGAUUUAGCCAUUUCCUUUAUAGUAGUAGGUAUCAUUUGAUGCCCCCAUUUCAGAGAUAAGCCAACUAAAGCUAAGAGAGGUUAAGUAACUGUUCAAGGACAGUCAGCCAAUAGGUGACAGAGCCAGAAUUAAAACUCAAGCCUGGGUGGCUAUAGUUCUACACUGCCAGCAAUAGUAGUUCACAAGUUGCAGUGUGCAUCAGAAUCACCUAGGAAGCUUACUGAAAAGAAAAAAAAAAGGAAUAAAGAAAAAAAAGAUUCCCAAACCUCACUCCCUAAGAUUCUGCUUCAGCAGGACUGGGAUUUCUUUUUUUUUUUUCCCCACAAGCUUACCAGGUAUUCUACCACGGGAGCAGGGCCUGACAUUCCUCUGGUCAUGAGAAGAGACGACAGGCAGGAAUAUCAGUGAGGGAUCCAGAGGAGAUGAGAAACAAAACCACCUUGAGUCCUAAGAGUUCUCUAGCCUACAGUCUACAGUUUGCCUUGCUGGGCCCAGCACUUUCUAUUCCCAAGACUCCUUCCAAAUUCUCCAGGGCCCAAGUUUUAUGCUUCAGAGAAACUUCCAAAGCUCCGUGACAGAAAAUAGUCUCGGCUCCAUGGAAUUCGCAAAGGAAACAAUGCUGUUGGCAACAGCUGGGAGAAAACAGCCU